UUCCACCUAAUGAACUUAAAAUGCUAUUUCGGCCCUUCGCCGAGUCACUCCCAUCAACGUGAGUUGAUUUCCUUUUUCCGCGAUUUAUCAGCGGCCAACGCAAUCGAUUGAUUAUCGAGAAACAAUCCAUCCUAUUUGUGACUUCUAAUCCACGUAGUGAUGUAUGUUCCAUCGGUUAAUUGAGGCUCGGACAAGCGCGUCGGAUUUCUUCCCUCUCGUAGCGAGAUCGCGACGAACGCGAUAAAAGAAUCCGCGAACCGUGACUCGAGAGUCAAUCGGAUUAUUGGCAUUUUCAGUAGAGACAGAAUUGGUUCCUGCGACGGUAGGUACGUGAUCCGAGAAAUAGGGAUAGCAAACACAAUCCGUUCCAGUGGUAAGUGAAUUGUUGUAUAAAAAUUCAAUAAGGCGUAAAACAAAACAAAAAACAAUUACAAACGGAAGAAGAAUCGCGUUGACUUACUGAGAACGAAUAAUUGAGAUUAAGAAUGCCGUGCGUAUCGAAGAGUUUAAUCGGAGUUAAAAUCAGAGUCAAUUGGAGUUAAUGGCUCUUCAAAUAAUCUCUUAUUUAGUUGCACUCGCUCGACUUUAAAUAGAUAACCGGAUUGCAAUAAUAUCUCCGGUUAAAGACCAUGAACUAACAAAGAUAUAAACAGAUGAGAGAUAAUGUGUCGCGAAACGAUUGAUCGGUAGGUAUUCUCGGAAUAAUUUUACUAUACAUAGUUAUAAAAUAUCGUUAAACACAAUAAAAAGGAAGACGCAAGGCAAAACAAGAUAUUCCGCAAAUACUGCAAGAACUGGCAUGUAAUUAAACUAAUAAAGACUUGAAUGCACCGAUAAUAAACACAUCAUUUUAAUCUGAUUGAUAUUUUCUUGGUAUUUAUAGCAGAUUAUUAAUCGAAAUUUUAACAACGUACAUUCAAAAAACAAAGUGCAAGUAACUUUCUUUGAAAUCAUGACAAUCUCAUUUAAAGAAUAAAAAUUAAACAUUUGUAAUGGAAAAACUACUGACAGUCGAAUGACUUUGUUUCCAAUUUAGCCUCUUUUAUCGAAAAAAAUGCAUUUGUAAGAAAGAAUUUUAAAUACAUUAUGUAUAAUAUAUCUCAUCUUAUACAUAUUUCAAGGUAUUGAUCCUUUUAUUUCUCUUCUUUUGCUACUUCAUACAAAAUAUAAUACUCGCCGAUCAUCGUAAAGUUUCAACCCCACAUUAAUAACUUUAUUAUCUCUAGAAUUUCCGAACUAAAAAGGAAAGCUGUAUAGCUUAUGCCCAAGGGAUUUACGCGAGCCAAUUGUGCAAGCCUGUCCUAAAAUAAGAACUCGGUUGCUCCGGGAUAAACUCGAGAUAGAAUCAGGAAGAUGAAACCGCGCGUGCGGGGGUGCAGUCAGGUCGACAUAGGUAGGACUGUAAAGGAGGCACAGGUAGGGCCUGGCGUCAACUGCUGGGGUUUGUGGUGGUGAUAUCGACCCGGGUCGGAGGGUCGGGUAGCAGUCAGGAUCGCAAGGCGCACGCCUGGACGUGGACGGGAGCGAGGCGCGAGAAGGAAAGCGGCGCGGGGAGGCAAAAUAGACAGAGAUAAAUAGAUAGAGUGACGCGGAGGGUAGCGAGGAGGGUAGAGAGUAUCGAUGUAUAUACGUAUGUACGAUCGUGGAGGUAGGUCGUACAGAAGAGGUAGUAGGAACCCGCCGGUAGUAGCAACCCGGCUGGCUAGCGCACCCCACACACGGAUGCCAGGCGCCGCAUCCCCGAGAGAGAGAAGCUCAGUCCGGCUCGUCUUGGCGCGCAUGUGUGCGUGUACGUGUGUGCGUGAGUGAUGAGAGAGUGGUGCUCGAUCCGAGUGUAUGUGUGUCGCGUUAUUCUCCAGGUAACAGCUGCGUCAGCGGGCUCGGGGAAAUCCUGAACGCUGAUCGCGUUUCGUUCGGUAGUUCGGUGCUCGGUGCACCAGACUUGGAGUCGCGAACGAGACGAGCUUACGCUCUUAACCCUCAUCCGCCUUCGCCUCUCGUUGAAGAACGUGGCGACGCGACGAGAGGGAUAUCACCCGGGAUUUCAUCCGGGUGUAAGUGUCCACAGAUUGCGAUAUCCCGAAUAACCACGGGGGCGGCUCCAUGUGUAUCCAUGAGGAGAAGAAAGAGAAGGUAGCCGUGAUCGGUCGAUCGUCCCCAUAGAGGAGGACGCGACGGACGCGGUGAUGCGGUAGAGUGUGACGAGAGGAGUAAUGUGACGGUGCGUGGUGCGCGCUCAGCGGAAGACGACGACGACGACGACGACCGUUAAACCGGCGCCAUGUCGCAGCAACAGCAGACCCCGACAAACGAGGAUUCCUACCUGAGCAGUGGCAGGCCGUCGAACUUGCUGAAGACGAGCUUCAGCAGCGCCCGUCUCGAGAAGCUCUAUCGCGCCUCAUCGCUGCAGCAGCGUCGCGGCGGCCUCACGUGCUUCCUGAUGUCGGCAAUCCUGUUUGGCCUCUACAUGGUGACGAUACCGGGUAUGGAGCUGCCGGCACGUUGCGUCAGCGCCGUAUUCAUCCUCCUGAACGGCGUCUUGCUGCUCUGGGUCGAGAGCGGCACCAAAACGCGUAACUCGCUCUGGUCAUUGGUGCCGUGCAUAGUCGGACAGCUGUGGAUCGUGUACCUGCCCGCUCAGCUGUUCCUCAAGUCCACCAAGGUCACGCUGAGGGACAGCCUAGGCUGGAUGCUGCUACUGCUCUAUCUGCUGUUCGCCACCCUACCGCUCAAGCUGUGCCGUUGCAUGUUUCUCGCGUUCGGCAGCGUGCUCGUGUACUUCAGCGCCGUGAUUGGUCUCUCCAGCGCGACGCUGGAGGAUCUUAAAACACUGCCUGUCGACGUUCUGAUCCUGACGCUGACGCUCUUCGCUGGCGCCUGUAUCUUGGGUGCCUGCUGCUACUGCCUGGCGGAGUUCCAGCAGCGCCGCGCAUUUCUGGAGACCAGACAGAGCUUGGAAGUUCAGCUGAUGAUCGAGGAGCAGAGCGCGGAGCAGGAGCGGCUAUUGCUCAGCGUUCUGCCGGAGCACGUGGCGGUUAAGAUGCGGCAGGACCUCGGUGCGUCCCUCGACACGCAGUUCAAGAAGAUCUACAUGUCCAGGCACGAGAACGUGUCGAUACUUUACGCCGACAUAGUCGGCUUCACCGCGAUCUCGUCAACCUAUAGUGCCGGCGAGCUGGUCAAGAUACUCAACGAGCUCUUCGCGCGAUUCGAUCAGCUCAGUGAACGAUACGAGCAAAUGCGCAUCAAGAUCUUGGGGGACUGCUAUUACUGCAUAAGUGGUGCACCCAUCGAAAGGCCAGACCACGCGGUCCUCUGCGUGUACAUGGGACUGUCCAUGGUGGAGGCGAUUAAAUACGUUCAACAAACGACGAACAGCCCCGUCGACAUGAGGGUGGGCAUUCACACGGGUGCGGUACUCGCCGGGGUCCUCGGACAGAGGCAGUGGCAGUUUGACGUUUAUAGCAAGGACGUCGAGCUGGCGAACAAGAUGGAGAGCAGCGGAAGAGCGGGGAGGGUACACAUCUCGAAUGCAACGUUGAGCUUCCUAAAUGGAGAAUUCGAGGUCGAGCCGGCGCACGGGGAGGAUCGGGAAGAGGCACUCCAGAAAGCUGGCCUCGUCACUUACUUUAUCGUGAAAGCCUUGAAACCAUUUAAGCCAGCGGUGACAAAAAGCCUCGCAUCGCUGAACGCGGACGCGGAAAACUCGCAGAGAAUAAUAGAGAAUAUGCAAGACAAGAUGGAUCAUAUUCGAGAGGAUUCCGAGGAAUUUCAGCAGCGCCUCAGGAAGAAGCUGGACAGUAGAGGUGGUGGUACCGACCUGAAAGGUCACGCCUCCUGGUUGACCCUACGGUUCAAGGAUCCAAACGUGGAGACAGCGUUCCACAGCGUCGAGGAGGCCUUCUCGCCCCUGUCGCUUCUCGGCGGACCUCUGGUCACGAUGUGCGCGGCCCCGGCCUGGAGGCUGCAACCUUGGGGACCGUUCACGUGGGGUGGCGCCGGGGUAGUCGCCCUCUUCGGCGUCGUGUUGGCCGGAGCUACCUGCCUGGGCAGUGCGGUCAGGGCGACAUGGCUCAGAAGCACCCUCGCACUCCUGAUGACGUUCUCCCUCAUAAUCUUCCUGCUGUUAGAUAUGACCAACUGCGUGAUCAUUGACGACAUCGAGCCACCGAAGAACACCUCGAUAAACUGGUCCUCGCGAUGCCCGUAUCCUUCUUAUUAUUCGUACAUCGGCGUCCUCGCGCUAAUUGCUAUCUCGAUGCCGACGUACCUCUGUUACCCGACCAAGGCGUGCCUGAUGUACUUCCUUGCCGGUGCGCAGUCAUGCAUCAAUGCCCUAUUCCUCGGAUCGAGCCUCGACAGGGAGGAUAAGGCAUCGAACCAGGAAUCCGUGCCCUUUCCGCUGAAAUAUUCGCUGACGACCACCUUGUUCACCAUUGCGAAUGCGCUAAUCAUCGUGUCGAGAUACGCAGAGAAGGCGCGAAGAAUGUUGUAUCUGCGAGGACGAGAGGUUAUCGCGCAAAGAGAACGAGCGGCGGACAUGAAGCGAAGAAAUGGUGCGCUGAUAUACAAUAUCCUACCGUCUCACGUGGCCACUUAUUUCCUAUCACACGCGAGGCACUACGACGAUCUCUACAGCCAAAGCUAUGCCGAGGUGGGCGUACUGUUCGCCAGUAUGCCGAACUUCGCGGACUUCUACAGCGAGGAGAGCAUCAACAAUCAAGGCCUCGAGUGCCUCAGGUUCCUGAACGAAGUUAUCUCCGACUUUGACGCCAUCCUCGAUCAGAAAAAAUUCAAGAGCAUCAUCAAGAUCAAGACGAUAGGAUCGACCUAUAUGGCCGCUUCGGGCAUAACCGAGGUGCAGUCGGUGCAGUCGGAGGAUGGCCCGCAGUGGGGCCACCUCGUCACUCUCGUGGAGUUUGCCCUGGAGCUUAAGAAGGCCCUGUCGAGCAUCAACGAGCAGAGCUUUAAUCACUUCGUUCUGAAAAUGGGCAUCAAUCAUGGACCGGUGACUGCCGGUGUCAUCGGCGCGCGGAAGCCUCACUAUGACAUUUGGGGCAACACCGUCAAUGUCGCGUCGAGGAUGGAGAGCACGGGGAAAGUCGGUUGCAUUCAGGUCACCGACGAGACGCGGAAGAUACUGGAGCCGUUCGGUUUCGGCUUUGAGCAACGAGGUCUCGUCUUCGUCAAAGGCAAGGGACAGCUCUUAACGCACUACCUUAUCUCCAAGGACGGAGUUUUCCUCGAUCUCGACAGCGAUCUGCCCGUUGAACCUAUCCACCCGAUAAUCUAUCAGUAAUGUACUUCGAAGGCUCUAACUCGAACGAGAAACAACCCUUCGCCGGGGGUUGUACGCAAGAACCCGUUACGAUUUUUCUCGGGGCAGGUAUCGGGCUGGACGUUUCGAGGGAAGCUAAACGUCCAACCCGAUAGUUUCUGGAUGCUGGUGAACCACACGAAUCGUAAAUUAGACGACAUCUCUGUACACCGAACGAAUUUUCUUCAAGGACGUUCGGCAAAGCUAAAUGUGUAUUGUCGUAGAGAACUCUCUAAAUGUUAGCGUUCUCGUGUCUCUGAAGGUGGAAACGGCACGUGGUAGGAAGGGAAGAGGACAAGGAGGCUCGGUGAGGGACGGGAUCGACGCCCGGGAUCGUUCGCGAUUGUCCGCGAGUGUCAUUGUACGUCGCCAUAUCAUCAUCCAUCAUCCAUAAUCAAUUAACGCGAAGGGGGAAGUUUGUACACAGCUGCCGCCGACUUUUCAUUGUCACAAAGUUCGCACGUUCACACGCGCACACACACACACACAUACACACACACGCGCGCACGCACGCACGCACGCAUGCACACACAAGGAUAACGCGUGCGCGCGUGUUUUACGAUCGGCGAGGGUGCGUUGAAUUCACAGGGUAUAUUUGAAACAAAAGAAAAAAAAGUCAUAGAUUUAGAGAACACAUUGGUCUGAAGACGCGAAUGAAAAACGAUAUUUUGAUGUCGCCGUGUAAAUAGCAAUAGAUCCGUAGGAGAGAAACAGUUGUAAUAUAGUAACAGAUGGAACGCGUCGUCUCGAGAGGAUCCGGAGAUAACGUAGAGGUAAUUCACUUCGUGUGUGGUGAGUCUCGUGUUCUAGGGCUAAACUUUCUUUUUUCCAAGUUUCGCACUCCGAUCGGACACGGUCGCUGACGCGGAAGCUGCGCGAGAAACGAUUCGCGAAUUCUGUCGUUGGUAUCAGCACCCUCUCAUUAGUAUCGAAUCCUCCCUUAGUGCGAGCAAUAAUUCAAAGAAUUGUCACCUACAGCUCGCGAAAUAGCUCUUCGUCAAUUUCCGUGCCUGAUCUACACACAUACACACACACACACACACACACACACACACACACAACUCGAAUUCAAUCUGCGAUAUUUCAUCGCCGACCAUACGAGGAGACAAGGAGAAUCUUAGCGGACGAGAGAAAAAGAGGGAGAGAGGAGUUGCUCGUUCUCGCGUCACCACUUCCGGUUAUCAGUGACGUUUCGUAUGGCAUAAUUUUGUUACCGUUUAUUCGAUUGCAAAUCAACGAUCUAGCGCGUGCAACGUCUUUUUAGAAGUCUUAGAGAACUGUAUUCUUCCGGAUACACGUCAUCCGUAGAGCGCACAGGAGAUAUAUAUGUCUAUCGGAGACAGUAUAUAUAUAUAUAUAUAUAUAUAUAUAUAUAUAUAUAUAUAUAUAUAUAUAUAUAUAUAUAUGAAUAUAUUAUAUAUAUAACGGUGGUACUUGUGACAAAAUGAAAAUAUAAGAACACUAGGGAACUAUAAAUGUGCGCGAUAUAAAAAAAAAACGCAAGAGGAAAAAAACGAACACAUCGCCGAUACGGUAGUAAUUUAUUUUUCUACAGUCGCCGAGAGUUUAUCGCAAACCAAGAUGAUUCGAGUACGUGCGUAACGCACACGAGGAACCUUAAAUGAAAUUUUCUACUGACUCUUUCGUUACGUACGACGGCAUGAAUCUCAGCACAAAAGAGAGAACGUCUCCUCUCGCGCGUAUUCAAGGGUAAUUUAUGCUCGCUCGCUCUUGACGAGACUCACGUGACAAUUCGAGUAAGCUACAGCGCAAUUUGCGGCCGCGUUGAAUGUAACGAGAGGGUUGUGGGAACAUGAAAGCAUCGAGAGAGAAUGAGAGAGUGGGUGUGAACAUUGAAAGAUUGAAUGGGAGAUACGAAAACAAGUAGGUAUCGGCCUAAACGCGAGUUAAGCUAAGCAAAACGUCAAAAAAUGGACCUCCUCAUUUGAAAAGAGAGAGAGAGAGAAAGAGGAAAAGAGAGAGAGAGAGAGAGAGAGAGAGAGAGAAAUGGAGAAAGAGAGAGAAGCGAUGUACUUCCAAAUCGUUUCACGAAUCGCGUACUUCCAUAUCCGGCCGACUUCUCGCCCGCACAAUCAUGCAUAUACGCAACAAACACGCGAAAUCGACGUGCACACGCGGAGACGCAUCGACUAGCACGUUAAAGUACACACGCGUAUGUAGAUCGGAGAGUUAUCUUGUAAGAUAGCAAUAAACGGACUCUCUUUCGCGUACAUAUGCUAUAUUUUUAUGGGUCGAUAGGCAGGAAACGUGGAUGGCUCGACGUGUAACGUAAACCAUCUAUAAAAAGUUGAUCAAUUAAGAGAAAUUAAUAGAGGUUCAUUUUUUUGUAAAGUUCCGAGAUCUCAAUCCUCGAGAGAUUUAAGAACUUUGUAAAAAAAUAUCUUUCACUCUUCCUUCACUUUUUUUCGUUAGAAGGAAUCCAAAGGGCUGUCGUUGCGUAAAGAAUAAAAAAAAAUAUAUAUAUAAUAGAAAAAUAUUCAAAAAUGUUUAAAUCUCUGACAUCAAAGAUUCUAGGAGAGAUUCUACCUCGCAGAUGGAAUUUCUAUUAAUUCCUCUUGAUCCAUUUAUUUUUUUGCGGAUGAUGUAGGACGCGCAAAAAUGAUCCGCGUGUAAUCGUGUAAUAGUCAUGUAAGGAGAAUAUAUCACUGUUGAUAUGUUAGCACUUUAAAUGUGACGGGUCAAAUUCGGAGCAAGUGAGAAAAAGGGAACUUGUAAAACUUUCGACUUUCUAGCGCGGCAGGCGCAACUGCACGCGAAAAUCCGAGGGUGACAUGUAAAAACUACGCGAGAAACCCCACUCCUGCGUCGGCGAGAUAAUAAAUGGCGUCUUUGCCUACGAGAAAAUAUGGUAUUUUCCUCUUUUUUUUUUGUUCCAAACAGAAGUGCUCGCGCCACUUUCAAGAUUUAUUCAUCGAGAGAGAUCAUUAUUAUUUAUCUUUCUGUAAACUACAUUUGUAUACGGGAUUCACGAGCUCUUUGUUGUUGGUGCUUAAGACAUGCCUGCUUCGAGAUGCCUGAACAUAGUUUAUCUUUAGAGAGGGAUAAAAUAACUAACACACACACACACACACACACACACACACACACACACACACACACACGUUUUUAUAACAAAAUUCUAUCGAGACAGCAUAAAAAUGAAAUGAGCUUUAAACGUCAAUGGAUUGGCCUAAUAAGCGCUUAGCAUUUCGGAAGUCGCAAGUAAUUUAUUCACGAACUCGAGAGAUAAAGUAAAAAUCGUGAAUUUUUCCAAACUUGUUAUAUAUAUAUACACACGUACAUGUAAGUCUGAAAAUUUUUAUCGGUAUCUUGGAGCAGGGCAUUGUCAUCUUUCAGAACAACUCUCUCUCGCAGUUGCUUCAUGAAAUCAAGUCCAACUCUUAAGUGUCUAGGAUUAUACCAAUCAAAGACAACAGGAGUAGCAAAUGUUAGUAUUAAAGACGACGUUAAAUAUCUUUGUAAAUAAAUUUCGAAUUAGAAUUCUGUGAGUUUUUUUGUGAAAAAGAAAAGUAAAGUGAAAUUAAUGAA